AUCUAGAACGUAAUAAUUUGCAGAAAAUUUUAUUGGUUGAUUUGGUAAACGGAUACGGCUGGUCAUCGCUAUGAACACAUCGGUGCGCUACGAGCGCUGCCAGCAAAUACAGCUGGGCGUGCUCCCCGAAUCCCAAGUGGGCGUUACCAUGCCCGACCCCGACAUGCCCCAGGGAACGGGCAACGUGCUAUGCACACAUGACGGAGUGCUGCUGAAGAAGGCGAUUGCGGAACACAUCGCAGAAUUGAACACCAGCGGCUCCCUCUCCCUGGUGGAGUACACUCUGCCACGGCGUCGCCUCUAUUUGGAGUGGCAGCCGAACGAUAGCAUUAUGGUGGCCAACGAUAGUCAGGAUCAGGGCGAUUGGGCGCUGGUCGACAGAAUAUCGGGUCGGACACGCACCUCAUCCGAGUGCAAUGCGUUCAACACAAAGCCCGUGGAGCUGGGCAGCAAUGGGAAUGGUGGUGGUUUGAUGGCAACGCGUGCUCGAAUAAUGCGCGCCUUGAUGGAUGAUCUGGCGGCGGUUGAGGUGGGGAAUCGCGGACAGACUAUACGAUUCCUGCGCAAGUCGGACAGUGGCGUCCACUGCGAAUUCUUCUUUCACAAUGGCAAUGCUGAGCUAUUUUUGCGCUCGAUGCGCCAGCAGCAUUUCAUCGAGAGCUCCGAGACGAGUCGCAAUGGCAGCGAGGAAUACGCCAUAUUAAAUACUGAGAAUCAAAAGCUGAAGAAGACAUUCACCGAACUGGACAUUGAUGAGAUCAAGGCGAGACAGUUGCCACGCGAGAGCUGGUUGCCCCAUAAAUUGGUCAGCAUCUUCGGCACCAUACCGGACUAUGUGCAGCCAUCAUUUCAACGAUCACCCAAAUCGCGUCCCAAUUCGCUGGUGCACGGCGAUCGGCAAACGUCGCCGGAUCAGCACUAUCAAAUCAUCAAGAUGAGUGGCAGCACCAAUAGCGCCUGCUCCUCCAACAGUCACAGUCGCGGCGAGAGCGCCGACAAGUCGCCAGCGGACGCUGAACUGGACAACCUGAAUGCCCAGGACGAGAAGAUAGUUAACAAUUUGCCAGCGCGACAGAGUGUGCAUCGUGGCCAAGCACUGAACGAGAAGCAGUGGCUGGAAUUUCGAAUGGACGAUGGACGCAUCUCGGAUAGCAUGCGCGUCAAAGAGCUCAUCUUUCGCGGCGGCAUUGUGCCGAGUCUGCGCGCCGAGGUCUGGAAAUAUUUGCUGAACUACAAUCAGUGGUCCGAUACGGAACAGGAGCGCAUCGAGCGGCGCAAGCAGAAAUCGGUGGAAUACUACACAAUGAAGGCACAAUGGCUGUCGAUGACAAAAACGCAGGAGUCGAAUUUUAGCGGCUAUCGCGAUCGCAAGUGUCAAAUUGAGAAGGAUGUGAAGCGCACUGAUCGCUCGCAGGAGUUCUAUGCCGGCGAGAAUAAUCCCAAUCUGGAGUUGCUGCAGGGCAUUCUGAUGACCUAUGUGAUGUACAACUUUGAUCUGGGAUAUGUGCAGGGCAUGUCCGAUCUGCUGGCGCCCAUACUGGAGAAUCAAGUGAACGAGGUGGAUGCGUUUUGGUGUUUUGUCGGCUUCAUGGACAUGGUGCUCGGCAACUUUGACAUGGAUCAAGCGGACAUGAAGACCCAAUUUGCCCUGAUCCGACGACUGCUCGAGGUGGCCAAUGCGCCACUGUUCAAUUACUUGUGCAGUCACGAUUCGGACAACAUGUACUUCUGUUUCCGCUGGCUGCUCGUCUGGUACAAGCGGGAGCUGGACAACGACGAUGUGCUCCGGCUCUGGGAGUGUCUGUGGACGCGUCUGCCCUGUGCCAACUUUCACCUGCUCAUCUCUGUGGCGAUACUCGACCAGGAGACCAAUGUGAUUAUCGAUCGAAAAUACGAAUUCACCGAGAUCCUAAAACAUGUCAACGAACUAACCGGCGCCAUCGAUUUGAAAUGCACCCUGGAAACGGCAGAAGCCAUCUAUCUGCAGCUGAAGGCAUCCGAGGCGUUGCCCAAUGAUAUACGUCACAUUAUUGGGCAGCCGCUGCUGCCACCGGCGGCUAGCGAGGAGCGCAAUGGCAGCGAGAACGAUGAAACGACCAAUUCGGAUGAUGGUUUCGAUGAGCUGCGCGAACUGACGCCGGAGGAGAAGCGGCGCAACCAGAUGCUACUCGAGGAGGCAUACGAGAGAUCCCUGAUCUUGCAUCACAUUUAGUUCGUUCCAACAACGCCAACGGAAACCAACAUGCGCAAUUUAACAAAGCUGUAGCCUUUAAGACUCAAAGUUUACUAUACGACGACCCGACGACCUGACGAGCUGUCGAGCUGGUGACGCCCCCAAUUUGGUGGCGCCAGGGGCGUCGCUGUUGAAGUGCUUUAUAUGCAAUUGCACACAGUUUAUACAUUGUAUAUUAUACAUAUUUGUACGUUUUGUAUUUAUUGUAAGUUCUUUUCCUAUCUCCCCCACUCUACCCCCAACCCCAUCAAUUGGUCCUAAAAAAAAAGGUCGCAACGAAAUCUCAAUUCAGCGAAAUUUGAAUUAGUUCUGUGUAUGUCAAUUUAUCAUUGGAAAUUCCUUGAUUAUCGCAAUGCUAAAAGCAGCUUUUGUUGCCCCUAAUUAAGUUUAACUCAAUUACUGUGAAUAUACAAGCAUAUAUAUAUAUAUAUAUAAAUAUAUAUAUAUAUCUUAAAUUGCGUAGUAAAAACGAAAGACAAACACCAAA